UACUCUAGGGGAAGCCUGGGCGCAGCUGAAGAAGAGUUUGACUGAAGAGGCUGAGGUUCACCUCAAGUUCUCCUCUAAGCUCCAGAGUGAGGUGGAGAAGCCUCUGUUGACUUUCAGAGAUAACUUUAAGAAGGACAUGAAGCGGUUCGACCAUCACAUCGCAGAACUACGGAAACAUCUGGUCGGACGGCACACAGCCGUGGAGAAGGCCCGUAAGGCUCUAGCGGACAGACAGAAGGACCUGGAGGUUAAAACGCAGCAGAUGGAGAUCAAACUAAGCAACAAGAUCGAGGAGGACAUCAAGAAGGCCCGGCGGAAGUCCACACAAGCAGGAGAUGACCUGAUGCGCUGUGUCGACCUUUACAACCAGUCCCAGUCCAAAUGGUUUGAGGAGAUGGUGACCACAAGCCUGGAGUUGGAGAGGCUGGAGGUAGAGAGGGUGGAGAUGAUACGACAGCAUCUGUGUCAGUACACCACCUUGCGGCAUGAGACGGACAUGUUUAACCAGAGUACGAUGGAGCCAGUGGAUCAGCUGUUACAGAGUGUGGACCCAGCUAAAGACCGAGAGCUCUGGGUCCAGGAGCAUAAGACAGGAGACAUCAGGCCUGUGGACAUUGAGAUAUAACACACCUGGUUCCCAGGGGUCACACACGUGGAUCCACAAGCAUCAAUCUAUACUAGGGCUUCAAGACCUUAGCCCCUUUACUAAAGUCAACUUUGAGAUAUUAUGGACAUCCCGAGAAAUGAGAAUAAGUCAUGAGAGAGAGAGAGAGAGAGAGAGAGACUUGAUGCCCUUGAGUAUUCUAUAUGUAUGGUAGACAGACAGUGUUCAUUAUGACCUAGAGGACUACUAUAGGGAAGACAGGUGUGUAUAUGGGCCAAACUCAGGUGAGGGGAAUGUAUUACCAACAUAAACAAACGGCAUGGCUAUUUUGACAUGUACGUAAUCUAUGGUCUACAGUACAAGCCUGUGGGACUGAGGCUGUGUGAGCUAUAACCCCAAAACAAAUUCUGUAAAUGGUUGGCCAACUGAAAUACUGACGCAAAGGUUAAUUAUGAAAUUUAACAGCUACUGCUGCUUUUAUGUAAUAACCGUACAUCAUAUGCAUUCCAAUUUAUAGAUUAUAUUUUAUCUGCGCCACUAAAUUGAAACUAAAGUGAGGUGAACAAAAGGUUUUUAAGGUGAAUAUUGAUUCUGCAAACGUAUAUCAAAUGGGUCGUUUGGAAGAGAGCUUGACACAAAUUGAACAGAUCUACAAUGUAUUGUGACGUUUUCCUUACUGUUGAAGUGAUCAACAUUUGAAUUAUAGUCUCUAAGGGGGCAGUACAACUGGGAUGCUGUUACAAGGGAAUGUGCUUUUGUAAAUACAAGAUGAAUAUACUGUAUGUAAGAUAAUGGGGUGUAGAAGUAAAACAUCUAGAGAAUGAAGGAUGUAAAAUAGUGGAAUCCGCAGUAAAACAGAUGAUAUAUAUAUAUAUACAUUACACAGGAGUGAUGGUACAGAUAAUAUAUUAAAGUGAUAUUACACAAUGAUUAUUUUUCUACUAAAUGAAAUGACGACAACGUUGUUUCAGAGACGUGCUAACUGGGUGUAGAUCCUCAACUGAAGUUGAAAUGGUUACAGUAUAUCAUGAUCCCGUUUCUCUCCUGUAAGUAUUACGUACAUGUUACUACUGUUCCAUGCACACGCAUACAUGUUGUACAGACUUUUCCAUUUAUUGUUUGUUUGGUGCAACAAGAGCCUUGAAKGUUCCAAGGAUUCUGCAUAUGGACAUAACUGCUGAAUGUUUGGCAUUAAUGUCUUUGCAUUGAUAUGGUAAAUAUAUAGAUAUACAUUUUAUGUUACAUCUAUCUCUGGUAGUUCCUUUCUGCUGUUUUUUAUUUGACAAUAGAACCAGGUGAUUUUUGUAGGUGUUUGUGUUUCUGGCAAAUUAUCUUGAGGGUACAAGAAGACAUUUAAGGAAUGAAAAAAGGUUUUAUUUCUUAACACAUUUUUACAUUCAACAAUAAAAUGCUUUGGACAAGUAAUGUAAAAAAUGUUUUGGCAGUGAUAUAUAUGUCUGCACAUUUAUAUAAUGGUAAACUUUGAUAUAGCAUCUUUGUCCAAAAUUCUGGGAACAGUGUAUUUGGAUAGUCCAUCUGUA